AUGGUAGCGCAGACGGCGCUGCCUGGCCCCGCCCCCAAAGAGCAGAGCCCGUCCCGGAGCCCCGCCCCCUCUGGGCUCGGCGGGGCGUUCAGUCUCCGGGCGAUUGAGGGAGCUGCCCAGAGCGGCGGUUGCGGCUCUGCGCUCGGGGUCGCUUCCCCUGCGCUGGUCCGGACCCCUCUCGCCGCCGCCAGGAAGACGGGGAGCCGGCAGCACUGGGCCCAGGUUUGUCCCCCGAUGCCCCGGCCGCGGGCUCAGCAAACCGAGCGCUGCCCAAAGACCUUAAGGCAGCAGGCGGCCUGGGGCCCGGUCCCCGACGCUACUCUCCGGACGUUUGAAGACGCCCCGAUUCCUGACGACGUCUCCCCUCUUCCUUCCUCCCAAAUUGCCCCUCCUCUGACUCCGCGUGGGGUGAGGCCGGGUUUUCCUCCCGAGCCUGGGUCCCAGCGGGAGGGUGACCGCCGGGAGGUGGAAGCGCCUUUCCCCUCUCUAGUGGCGGCUGAUCGUGAACCAACCGCGCCACCUGCCGGCCAUGAUAGGAAAUGCGCGGCACCCCACCCCCACCCCCGCCCCCGGAAGGGCAAGCGGACAAAGACAGCACCGCGUAGCCCGCCGAGAGUAGAUGAAUUGUCCCGAGUGGUUGUUGUGGUGUGUGAUAAUAAAGACGGCAUUAGCAAGCGUUGGGGUGGGGUGGGCAGAGGCAUUCUUGAACCUCCCCGGGCAGGACAGCAAGAAAGGGGAAGUGGCAGGAUGCACAAAAGUGCUGAUGCCAGAAGACCUGACACGCUGCAGGCGGUACGUGACAUCUUGUGGCUUUUGGCUGUUGUUGGGUGUGAGAAUUCUCUGUGUGCUGAAGACAUUCUGUUCUGCAAAGAGAUAGAAACUGUAGAAAAGAUCCAAACAGAAAUUCUGAAGCUGAAGAAUACAAUGAAUGAAAUGAAAAUUAAUAAAACAGAGAACAUCAACGUCAGAAUGGAUCAAGCAGAAGAAAGAAAGUACAAAUUAGAAAACCAUAUACUUAAAAUUAUCCACUCAGAAGAGAAGAAAGAAAAAAGAAUGAAAAAGAAUGAAUAA